AUGAGACAACGUCAGGUUGCGUCAGCAAUCCUAGUAUCAUCAUAUUCAAUUGUCGUUGUAGCUUUGUAUACAUUAUGGCUUUCUUGGAAUGAUGAGGAUAAGUUUAACUACUGGUGUAUAAUACUAUUAGCACCCGUACUAUUUUGGUCAUGGUGUGUUAUAUCAUGGUGCGGCUCACAGCUCUUCGCUUAUGCCAAGAGGGAAUAUGAUAUAUGA